UCGUGGCCGGACCGCCGGCGCGGCGGACCCGGAGCUCAAUGGAGGGGGCGCGCGGGCCGUGGGCCGAGUCCGCUGCGGCUGAGGACGUGGAGGAGGAGGAGGAGGAGGUGGGGGCAGCUAUGGCCGCAGUGGUAGCGGCGGCAGGUGGUGCGGGUCCGGCCGUCCUGCAGUUAGCUGGUCUCUAUCGGGGCUUGUGCGCAGUGCGGAGCCGCGCCCCGGGCCUGGGGCUCGUGGCACCCGCACAGCUGCGCGUGUUUCCGGUGCGCUGCGGCUCUCGCCUGCCCUCGGGGGGCGCCGACGGCAGCAGUAUCGGGGACGAGCUCGAGGCCAAUCCUUUCUACGACCGCUACCGCGACAAGAUCCAGCAGCUGCGCAGGUCUGACCCAGCUGCUUUUGAGUCCCGACUGGAGAAACGCAGUGAGUUUCGGAAGCAGCCAGUGGGGCACUCCAGGCAAGGUGACUUUAUCAAAUGCGUGGAAGAGAAGACAAACACUUCGGGGAAACAGCCUUUGAGUGGAGGAUUCACUAAGGACAAGACUCUCAGUUCAAUCUUUAACAUUGAGAUGGUGAAAGACAAAACUGGAGAUGAAAUAAAACAGAUUUGGCAGCAGUACUUUGCAGCAAAAGAUACAGUCUACGCAGUUAUUCCUGAAGAGAAGUUUGAUUUGAUCUGGACCCGGGCUCAGUCCUGUCCAACAUUUCUAUGUGCACUACCGAGAAGGGAAGGCUAUGAGUUCUUUGUAGGACAAUGGUCAGGCACUGAACUCCACUUCACUGCACUUAUAAACAUUCAGACCCGAGGGGAAGCUGCAGCCAGCCAGCUGAUUUUAUAUCACUACCCUGAACUUAAGGAAGAAAAGGGCAUAGUACUGAUGACAGCAGAAAUGGAUUCUACAUUUCUGAAUGUUGCUGAGGCACAGUGCAUUGCCAACCAAGUUCAGCUCUUCUAUGCCACUGAUCGGAAGGAGACGUACAGGGUGGUGGAGACCUUUAACUUCAGACCGAAUGAGUUCAAAUAUAUGUCUGUCAUCGCUGAAUUGGAGCAAAGUGGACUUGGAGCGGAACUGAAAUGUGCCCAGAACCAGGAUAAGACUUAGAGCUGUAAGGGUUGGCUCCUUACAAAGUCUGCUCAGCUCUGGGGUAGCCUAGAGCACACCCACCCCCCGAACUCUCAGAAGUUUGCCUCUAUAAUGAGCAGUCUCUAAGGAGUUGUGCUGUGUGCUUAUGCAAGAAGAAAUCAUAGAGGUGAGCCCUAAUAGUUGAUAUUCAGGAACAAAGAUACCCAAACAUUCUGAUAAUUAUAUCUCAGCAUACUUGAGGAUUCCUUUAUAAGUGGUUGAGGUCAUAAUCAGAGACAGCUGAGGACCCCAAGGAUCCUGCAGGAUGGUUGACUUGAUUUUACACAUUGUAACAUUUUGUUACAAGUGCAUUUGCAUUCUGGGCAUUGUGACAGCACAGUUCCCAAUUACACAUAGUUCCUCAUCUUUAUAAACUUGUGACAGGAUAAGCUUGAAGACCUGCUCUAUAGUUAGAUGUGGGCUUUCCAUACUCUUCCCAUGUGCCAGCUGGCUGGCCAAAAGCAUCACCCAAAUAUCCUGUUUAGACUCUAGAACAACCAGGUAUUGCAGAAAGGAUUAAGACUUCAUCUAGAUGCCCCCAGAGUUCCUUUAGUGUAGCUAGUUUGCAGUGUCAGUAGAUUUCAGGUACACUUAAACACACAGGUACAGUGCCUGCAUAUUUUUAAACCAUGAUUUGUUUAAACAUGCUCCUCUAACUCUGCCUUUUAGAAGCUGUGUAUUGUGUUUGGGGGGGGGGGGGGGUGUGAAUCAGUGCAGUGUAAAUAAAUCAAGUUUUUUGUAAGAAAGGAUCGAUCCAGAUUUGCAUGUUUUUGUGUAUUUUUUUUAACAGCUCUAAGCCAAGCUAGAUUGGGUAGGGAGAAGAUAGAGCGAUAACAUAAAACCUGGCUUACCAUCCUUGUUACACUCAGCAGUGACAUAUAAGCUACAUGCUGUUCAUUAGAGUCAGUGCUGCGACCUGAUUUGAUCAGAACUCAUCUUUGGACUCAGUAGUUGCUUGAAACACCAAAAAUGAGAAAGGAGCUCUCCAGCGGUGGAAACUCCCUUGUGGUUUGAAGCGUCAGUGUUGUGGCUCCAAGCUCCAUGACAGAGGAGAGGGGGGUGGUUACACACCAGCCUCCUGAACCUGAGGUCCCACCCCCUCCCCCAUUGUUGUCUGCCACCUUUACUGUGCCUUUCCCUUUCUUGCUGUAACACUCUCCACUUUGCUGCUGCCUGAAAUCUGGUUGUAUGACACUGAAUGUGGUGAGUGGGAAUGUAACCAGCGCUUACCCUUUUGGUGUAUGUUUGUUUUCUUUAUUGGAGGUUGGGCCUGUCCCCAAGUUCUUUAAAUGCAGUUGGACUUCCCACCAAGUUCUUUAAAUGUGAUUGGACUUUCCAUUAUUUUCUGAGCCAUGUCUAUUUUGUUGUACCUCUGAGACUGUAUGUAGAAAGAGACAAACAGUGUUUGUUUAACCUGGAAAAGCUGCUAGUCUUUCACAAUUUCUCUAAAGACCAAACUGUUUGCUAAUGCAAAUUCUGGACCUACAUCUGGUCCUGACAGUUCAUUUUUUGAGAAACUUGAGUCUGAGUGUUUUGAGUUCCAGGAAUCUUCAGCAUCAGGUGGAGCUGCUUUCAUGGGUAUCCAUCUAUGUUUGCUCUUCUAUCCAGAUGCACCCGGUUCCUAGCCGUAGUACAUUUUCAUAACCCCUCCACCAGAGGGUGAGAAAACGAUGGGAAAAGAAGUAAGAACUGGCUGCUCAUGUUAUUGUUCCUCCCAGCGUUUCCCUAAGUCCCCACUUGCCAAGUUACAUUGGGCACGACCAAAGCAACAUCCAGCUGUUCUUUGUAUUUACCUAGCAAGGUCUGGCAAAGACCUAAAAGAAAAUUGUGACAUUAAUCAGUAAAUUUCUCCCCUGAGGCAACAUAGUGUUAUAGGAAGUGGACAGGCUUUAGAGGUAAAUGAAUCAGGGUUCAAAUGUCAGCAUUGCAAUUUAUUAGCUCUGUAAUAUUGAACAAAUUAUUAAAACUCUCUAAUUCUGUUUAUCUGUAAGAUGGGGAUGAUGAUAAUAUCUACCUCACAGAAUUUUGUGAGGAUUAAAUUAAUUUACAGACUACAGCAGAGCUUAACAAAUGUCAGCUCCCUUCCUCGUCUCCGCGCCCCCUGCCCAUCACUAAAGACCAACACAAAAGAACAUUUCGGAUGUGCAGACCAUUCUUCACACCAGCCAAAUGAGCCAACCUUAUCUCACAAGCUCUCAGACUUGAAGUUGAUGUAAAGUAUGUUGAGCACUUCAAAAUACAGAUUCCCAAGUCCCAAGCUGCAGCCUGCUGAAUCAUUCAUUAUCUUUGCAGAAAGUGCUGGGAAUCUGCAUUUUAAUAUGUGCUCCAGAUGGUUCAGAUGUAGGUAAUUCACCAGCCACACUUUGAGAACCAUUGCCUUAUGUGUUCUUCACACACACACACACACACACACACACACACACAGGUCUUCUUUUCCUACGGGCAUUAACCAUAGAAUCGAUUCCUCUGCCCCUUGCCUCCCACAGUGGUCCCCUUUGCACACUCUACAUUAUACUUAUUUAUGUGUCUUUUGCCCCCACUAGGCUGUGAGCUCCUUGAGGGCCAGGGCUUAUCUCCAUUCCCAGUGCCAAGGACAUGACCUGGAACAUAGAAGAUACUCAGUUGUCUGUUGAAUAAAUAAGUGGCAUGGAUUUUAGCCAAAGCAU